GUGUGUUCUCGAGUUGGACUCUUAAGAUUUGGAGGCAUCCAGAGAAGCAUGAGCUAGAAGCUUGCCUGACAACAUGAACCGGGAACUGGAGUAUAUGUUCGUUGAUUGUGCUCGGGUGUGGAUCCCUGACGUCGAGGAGGUGUGGAAGUCAGCCGAGCUAACUAAGGACUACAAAAAUGGCGACGCCUCCCUGCAGCUCAUGCUUGAGGAUGGAGCGAACCUCGAGCACAAGCUGGACCCCAAGACCAAGAAUCUGCCCUACCUGCGAAACCCUGACAUCCUGGUGGGCGAGAAUGACCUCACGGCACUCAGCUACCUCCAUGAGCCGGCGGUGCUGCACAACCUUAAAGUCCGCUUCAUCGACUCCAAGCUCAUAUAUACUUAUUGCGGGAUUGUUUUGGUGGCCAUCAACCCGUACGAGACGCUGCCCAUCUACGGGACAGACAUUAUCAAUGCGUACAGCGGUCAGAACAUGGGAGACAUGGACCCACACAUCUUCGCUGUGGCAGAGGAGGCUUACAAACAGAUGGCUAGGGAUGAGAGGAAUCAGUCCAUCAUCGUGAGUGGUGAGUCUGGAGCAGGAAAGACGGUAUCAGCAAAAUACACCAUGAGAUACUUUGCCACGGUCAGCGGCUCGGCCAGUGAGGCCAACGUCGAGGAGAAGGUGUUGGCUUCCAACCCCAUCAUGGAGUCUAUUGGCAAUGCCAAGACAACUCGGAACGACAACAGCAGUCGAUUUGGGAAGUACAUAGAGAUUGGCUUUGACAACCGCUACCGAAUCAUCGGCGCCAACAUGAGGACAUAUCUGCUGGAAAAGUCCAGAGUGGUGUUCCAGGCAGAUGAGGAGAGGAAUUACCAUAUCUUUUAUCAGCUCUGUGCAUCAUCGCAUUUGCCGGAGUUCAAGAACCUCAAACUGAGCAAAGCAAAUGAUUUCCUGUACACCCAGCAGGGCCGAAGCCCCGUUAUCGAUGGGGUGGACGAUACAAAGGAGCUCUGCAACACCCGCAACGCCUUCUCCUUGCUCGGUAUCAACGAGUCCUAUCAGAUGGGAUUGUUUCAAGUUCUGGCUGCUAUUCUUCAUCUCGGAAAUGUGGAGAUCAAAGACAAAGAUUCGGAUAGCAGCAUGAUUCCUCCCAACAAUGAUCACUUAACGAAGUUCUGCGAGCUGGUCGGCAUUACCUACAAGGACAUGGCUCAGUGGCUGUGCCACAGGAAGUUGAAGACUGCUUCCGAAACCUACAUCAAGACCAUCCCCCGCCUGCAGGCCACCAACGCCCGCGACGCCCUGUCCAAACAUAUCUAUGCUAAGCUCUUCAACUGGAUCGUGGAGCAGGUCAACAAGGCGCUCGUCGCCAAUAUCAAACAGCACUCCUUCAUCGGCGUCCUUGACAUUUACGGCUUUGAGACCUUUGAAAUCAACAGCUUCGAGCAGUUCUGUAUCAACUAUGCCAAUGAGAAGCUCCAGCAGCAAUUCAACAUGCAUGUGUUCAAGCUGGAGCAGGAGGAGUACAUGAAGGAGCAGAUCCCUUGGACUCUGAUCGACUUCUACGACAAUCAGCCCUGCAUCAACCUCAUCGAAGCCAAGAUGGGCAUCUUGGACCUGCUGGAUGAAGAGUGCAGGAUGCCAAAAGGUUCAGAUGAUUCGUGGGCUCAGAAGCUUUACACCCACCUGAAGACGUGCUCCCUCUUCGAGAAGCCACGCAUGUCUAACCGCGCCUUCAUCAUUCAACAUUUUGCUGAUAAGGUUGAAUAUCAAUGUGAAGGUUUCCUGGAGAAGAACAAGGAUACUGUGAAUGAAGAACAGAUUAAGGUGCUCAAGGGCAGCAAGUUUGACCUGCUGGUGGAGCUAUUUAAGGAUGAGGGGAAAGCCACCAGCCCCACCGGACAGGCUCCCGGAACAGGAGGCAGGACCCGUCUCAGCGUCAAACCUGACAAAAGCCGUGACACCAGCACCAAGGAGCACAAGAAGACCGUCGGUUGCCAGUUCCGUAACUCCCUUCAAAUGCUCAUGGAAACCUUGAACGCCACCACGCCACACUACGUCCGCUGUAUCAAACCAAACGACUUCAAGCAGGCCUUCUCGUUUGACCCGAAGCGUGCGGUACAGCAGCUGAGAGCCUGCGGCGUCCUUGAGACAAUCCGCAUCUCCGCAGCAGGUUUCCCAUCCAGAUGGACAUACCAGGAGUUCUUCAGCCGGUACAGAGUGUUGAUGAAGCAGAAGGAUGUUCUCUCUGACAAGAAGUUAACCUGCAGGAACGUUCUGGAGAAGCUAGUGCAGGAUCAGGAUAAAUACCAGUUUGGUAAGACCAAGAUCUUCUUCAGGGCCGGCCAGGUGGCCUACCUGGAGAAGCUGAGAGCUGACAAACUUCGCGCCGCCUGCAUCCGUAUCCAGAAAACCAUUCGUUGCUGGUUGGCACGCAAAAAGUACAUGCGCAUGCGUGAUGCCGCCAUCACCAUCCAGAGGUUCACCAGAGGAUACCAGGCUCGCUGCUUGGCGAAGUUCAUGCGUCGCACUCAGGCCGCUAUCGUCAUCCAGAAGUACCAGAAGAUGUACGUGGCCAGGAAACACUACAGGCAGAAGCAGGCGGCCGCCCUGGCCAUACAGACCAUCCUCAGAGCUUAUAUGGCCCGCCAGAAGUACCUGGCGCUUCUGCGCGAGCACAAGGCGGUGAUCAUCCAGAAGCGCGCCCGUGGCUGGCUGGCUCGACGCUGGUACAAGCGCUGCCUGAGCUCCAUCGUCUACCUCCAGUGCUGCAUCCGCAGGAUGAGGGCCAGGCGUGAGCUGAAGAAGCUGAAGAUUGAGGCCCGCUCGGUGGAGCACUUCAAGAAGCUCAACAAGGGCAUGGAGAACAAGAUCAUGCAGCUGCAGAGAAAGAUCGACGAACAGACCAAGGAGAACAAGUCUGUCAACGAGAGGCUCGCAGGCUUGGCGAACACCUACACAACAGAGAGCGAGCGGCUACGCGGGGAGCUGGGCCGCCUGCGUGGUGUGGAGGAGGAGGCCAGGAGCAAAGGCAACCAAGUCAACUGUCUCUUGGAAGAGCUGGAGAAGCUGAAGAAGGAGCUGAGCACCACGCAGCAGGAGAAGAAGAUCAUUGAGGACUGGGUGCAAACGUACAGGGGCGAAAUGGAGAAACUGGUUUCCGAACUGAAGGAUCAGAACGGCUUGCUGAAGAAAGAGAAAGACGACUUGAACAGGUCGAUUCAGGAACAGAGUCAGCAGAUGACAGAGAAAAUGGCACGUGCGAUUGCAGCGGAGACUCAGCAGCUGGAGACAGAUCUGAACGAGGAGCGCUCUCGCUACCAGAAUCUCCUGACAGAACACCUUCGCCUCGAGGAGAAAUACGACGACCUCAAAGAGCACAUUUCCAAGCCUGGCCACAGGAGAACGGAUUCCACCCACAGCAGCAACGAAUCCGAGUACACCUACAACUCCGAGUUCGCCGAAUCGGAAGAAGGUUCCCGUGCCGCAGAAGAUUUGACACGAGGAAUGGAUACCUCGCUCACGCUCAAGCUGCAGAAGCGACUCACAGAGCUAGAGCAAGAAAAGCAGUCGCUGCGCAAUGAGCUGGAAAACAAGGAAGAGCAGUUUCAGAGGGCCCGGGCAAGGGAUGAGUCAGAGUUCAAAAAGGUGCGUGGGGCAGAGUUGGAGUACGAAUCCCUCAAGCGUCAGGAACUGGAGUCAGAGAACAAGAAGCUAAAACACGAGCUGGCCGAGAUGAGGCAAAGCCUGCUGGGCGGCACAGCCGCGAGCGCCGGCGCGCCGGGCUCUCCGGCCUACAAGGUGCUCCUGGAUCAGCUCAACUCCUCCAGCGAGGAGCUGGAGGUGCGCAAGGAGGAGGUGCUGAUCCUUCGCUCACAGCUGGUCAGCCAGAAGGAGGCCAUGCAGCACAAGGAGACCAUGACAGAGGUGGCUGUCCAUGUAGAGGACAUUUCCAAACUGAAGGACGCUGAUGAACUCAAGCAAGCCUACAUCGGCCUCAAAGAUACCAACAGGCUGCUGGAGCACCAGUUGCAGACCCAGCGGCGGAAUUAUGACAGCGAGGUGGAAUCUCUGCGUGGCGAGCUACAAAACGUCAAAGAGGAAAACAACCGGCAGCAGCAGCUCCUGGCCCAGAACCUCCAGCUGCCCCCGGAGGCCCGCAUUGAGGCCAGUCUGCAGCACGAGAUCACCCGGCUCACCAAUGAGAACCUGGAGCAGGUGGCCGACGAUCCCACAGCAUCUCGAGAGGCGCGAGUCGUCAUUUUACGCCGGAUGGUUGAUCUCAUGGAGCAGCUGGAAAAGCAGGACCGAACCAUCCGAAAGCUCAAGAAGCAGUUGAAGGUUUACUCCAAGAGGAUUGGAGAGAUGGGAGCCGGUCAAGCGGAGGGUCAGACGUCGCCAGGUCAGAUGGUGGACGAACCCAUCCACCCGGUCAACAUUCCUCGCCGGGAGAAAGACUUCCAGGGAAUGCUGGAGUACAAGAAGGAGGAUGAGCUGAAACUGGUCAAGAACUUGAUCCUUGAGCUGAAGCCUCGUGGCGUGGCCGUCAACCUAAUUCCAGGUCUGCCCGCCUUCAUCCUUUUCAUGUGUCUGAGGCAUGCCGACUAUGUCAACGACGACCAGAAGGUCCGCACGCUGCUCACCUCCACCAUCAACAGCAUCAAGAAGAUCCUCAAGAAACGUGGAGAUGACUUUGAGACGGUCUCCUUCUGGCUAGCCAACACCUGCCGCUUCCUGCACUGUCUUAAGCAGUACAGCGGAGACGAGGUCUUCAUGAAGCAAAACACUUCGCGGCAGAACGAGCACUGUCUGUCCAACUUCGACCUGACCGAGUACAGAUCAGUGAUCAGCGACCUGGCUAUCCAGAUCUACCAACAGCUGAUCAAAUGCAUGGAGAACAUCCUUUAUCCCAUGAUAGUGUCUGGCAUGCUGGAGCACGAGACCAUCCAGGGCGUGUCCGGCGCAAAGCCGACGGGCCUGCGCAAGCGGACGUCCAGCAUCGCCGACGAGGGCACGGACACACUGGACUCCAUCCUGCGCCAGCUCAACGCCUUCCACUCCACCAUGUGCCAGCACGGCACCGACCCUGAGCUCAUCAAGCAGGUGGUCAAGCAGCAGUUUUACUUCAUCGGCGCCGUCACCCUCAACAACCUCCUGCUGCGCAAGGACAUGUGCUCGUGGAGCAAAGGCAUGCAGAUCAGGUACAACGUGAGCCAGCUGGAGGAGUGGCUCCGUGACAAAGGCUUGAUGAACUGCGGGGCCAAAGAGACCCUGGAGCCUCUCAUCCAGGCCGCUCAGUUACUCCAGGUGAAAAAGAAGACGGAUGAGGACGCCGAAGCCAUCUGCUCCAUGUGCCUGGCCCUCACCACCGCACAGAUCGUGAAGGUCCUCAACCUCUACACGCCGGUAAACGAGUUUGAGGAGCGGGUGUCUGUCUCAUUCAUCCGAACCAUACAGACUCGCUUGCGAGACCGCUGUGGAAGUCCACAGCUGCUGAUGGACACCAAAACCAUCUACCCGAUCACGUUCCCCUUCAACCCGUCCUCCCUCGCCCUGGAGACCAUCCAGAUCCCAAGCUCGCUCAACCUGGCCUUCCUCACCCGCGUCUAGGGAGGGGACAGUUGACAUCUAUGUCUCACACACACACACACACAGACGUGUUGUGAGCAUCGCAAAACACAAACAUGCAUGCUCCACACGCUGUUUUAGUCACUUCUCUUAGACCAAGUGUUUCCCAAACGUUUUUUGGAGCAAAGGCACAUAUUUUGUGUUAGAAAAAUCUCCCGGCACACCACCAGAUACAAGUGUCACAAAAAGUAUAUACAUUAAACCGUCACUAUUCCGAAAGGAAUAGGGGCCGAUAAAUACAAUCUACAAAAAAAUAAUAAUAAUAAUACGCAAGUAAAUGACGCCACCUAAAAGUUAUUUUUCUUCUAUUGGACAAGGCUAUAGCCGGACUAAAUGAAGCUUGCCCCGUAGUACACAAUAGUGGCUUGGCACCAUGAUGCCGCUAAAGCAAUAGGUGCCAAGCAAUAUUUUUGGUGUGGCCUGAGCAUGAAAACUGCGAAUAACAGAGGGUAGGUGCCCCCCCCCCCCCCCCCCCAAAAUAGGUAUUGGGCAAAUUCGCCAACAUGCAGGGGUUCACUGCGUACUGAACUAAUGAGAUCUUGUCUCAAAUUACUCGCAAAUUUACUUGGUGUGAAAUACAAAGGUUAAUUGUACCUUUAUCUUGGGAUGGGCAUUCAAUUGUUCUGCCUGUCACUAUAUGUUGCUUCAGACAUAGUUGAACCCCUUUCUGCUCAUUUAAGUAGUUCAAGGUCCGGUUGUUGAAAUCACAAGCGAUGUGUCAGCUCACGUCCCGCUCGGUCAGCCUCAUGCUCAGUCAAGCCAAGACGACCAACCACACGUUGUCUGAGCCGUCCUAUUUAUGCACCUAUAGAUGAAAAAAAAAAAAUAUAUAUAUAUAUAUAUAUAUAAGAAGGAGAUGAGGAGCAACACUGAGUGGCAGAUAGUUGUUGAUAGUCUCUCUCUCUCUCUCUCUCUCUCUCUCUCUCUCUCUCUCUCUCUCUCUCUCUCUCUCUCUCUCUCUCUCUCUCUCUCUCUCUCUCUCUCUCUCUCUCUCUCUCUCUCUCUCUCUCUCUAUAUAUAUAUAUAUAUGAACAAUACGUGUAUUUAUUGCAUUCUCCUCCGGCUUUGCCAAGAGACGUUUAGUUUAGCUCCUGCGCAAUGGGUCGUGUGUAUGUAGCACAGGUUGUCGCUCGACAGGCGACGUCAUCGCUCUGCUAUUAUUUAUUGCUCUUUUUUUUUGUUAUCAUUGAGCAGCAAUGUGAGGUUGUUUUUCAGUGCCUCAAUUAGCUUCAUGUCAUCUCUCUCGCACUGCCUUUACCGUUUCAAAUUGUACACCAUUUUUGUGACCAAAAAAAACGAUGAAGAUGAACCUGCAUAUUCUAGUUAUUUCUAUGAUUUCUGUUGUUUGAAAGAGAUGUCUGGUACCAUUGCCCUGCUUCCUCGUGUUGUUUGCCAUCAGUGUUAACCUCCUCCCUGCACUUGAACCUUUCUCAGCCUCAAGACCUUAGAGACAAUAUUUAUUUUCUGUUAUUUUCAAUUUAGCGUGACUCGCAUCCUGCCCCCCCAACACCCCUAUUCGAAUGCACUUUUCCACCAAGCGGUGGAGUUCCAGUGAUGAUUCUUGGUCAGCCAGUCAACAGACAUCAAGCAGUCUAGCUUUGCCCUUAAGGUACUCUGCUAUUGGUAUUGUGCUACAAAAGUGGUAUGGUAUGACGGAUCCUUUUGGGAGGGGGAUUCAUUUUGCUUCUUCUUGUUCACUUAACAAAAUGAACAGACAAACCAACAGUUAUCGAAUACCAUUGUCUUGCUUGGUGGAGGUAACAGUGGUCUCGGGAGAUGUCAAUUUUCACUCCAGAAUUCGCACUCCUUAUUGGGGCCACACUGGGGGACAAAACAAGGGAAAUGGUAAAGUCACGAGAAAAAAAACUGUGAAAUUAUGAGAGUCGAAAAAAUGUCAAAUUAUGAGAAGAAAAUGUAAUUAUGAGUAAAAAAAAGUUGUGUGACUUAGCCUUGGUGCACACAUCAAGAUAAUGGAGCUGUUUUGUUCCGAUUUUGACCCUUCCUGGCCAAGGACAUCAAAAUCCUGUUUUAUACGAUUAUCCUUACGUCCUGAGGUGUGUUAAGUAUGGAUUUGUCUCAAUUAUACAAUCUUAAUAUUUAACGUGUUCAAUAUUUCCGACCAAAAAUCUUUGCGUGUGUGGGGAAAGCCAACUUCUCCCUGAGUCAAUGAGCUGUGAACUGUGACAUGAAACCGAAUAUAGCCAAUCAGAGAAGCAACCUUACUAACGAACAACGGAGCGACUGUAAAUAAAUACAAACGAUGUGAUUACCUGAUGUCAUUUGUUGUAUAAAAGUGGGUUCCUCAUACGGUAAGAUGUGUUUUUAAUCGAUAACAUCACCAUUCUACAACACUCCCCCUUCCAUUCCCUUUGGCAAAGAUUGGCGCAUACCCCGGUGUUUUGUGAGAUCUCUGCCUCGGAGGAAUUGUUCUAAGAUCGGCAGUGGAACAGAAUCUUUGUGUGUGUGUGUGGUGUUAUGCGUUGAGAUUAUCGGCACACGCCACACACAGUACGGGCAAAACUGUUAAUUGUUUGAAUGGUUUUUUUUUCUUCUUUUUUAUCUUUAUCUUUGUGUCUGUCACAGAUUUUAAAAUAAAAAUCAAGACUUGAAAAAUCAUUCUGUGUACAAAGCCUAAAGUUGUAAUAUCUCGCUGAAUAUAAUCUGAAAAGUUAUGACCAAAGUCAUAAUGUAGUAAAGUCAUAAUGUUAACAAAAUAAAGUUAUGGAUUCACACCCCAUGUGAGACAGUGCAAGUUAUUAGGGCCACACCAAAAAGAAAAGGAAAUAAUAAUAAUGAUGAUGACAAUAACAAAUGUGGUCACGAGCAAAAAGUACAAAAAUUACAAAAGAAAAAAAAUUGUCAAAUUAUGAGGAUUUUUUUGGGUAAAAUUACAAGGGGAAAGAAAAUAGUCAAAUUGAGGGGAAAAAAGGCGUCAAGUUGUGUGAUGUAUAAGGUUGUAAUGUUACAAUUAACUAAAUCCUAAAAUUACAUGAAAAAAGUCAAGAAGAAUAAAGUCCUAAUUUUACCAAAAUAGUCGUAACGGUGUGAGACCAAAAUAGUAAUAUUCUGAGAAGUCGUUACAAGAAUUAAGCUUUUUUUUUUCCUAUGAAAAAGAUGGAAUAUAAAACAAAUUAAAAAAAAAAAACAAAAAAAAGAAAGUUAGCUUUUUUUUCCCAAAAACAUAUUACAAAAAAAAAAUCUUCAUUAAAAUAUUUUCCGGUGUUUGCUAAUUUCACAUUUUCAUUCUAAAAAUACGGACUUAAGAUAUGUAGCCGUAAUUAAGUUUUUUCUUGUUCUCAUAAAUUUAUGACCUUUUUUCCACCAUAAUUUUGAAUUCUCACAAAUAUAAACGUUGUUUUUUUUUUUUUUUUUUUUUUGCAUUUCUAUUCGUCUUUAUUCUCAUAAAUCUUGGGACUUUUUUUCCUCCAAUAUUACAACCUAGCGUCGUCAUGGUCGUAAAUAUUGUAACUAUUUUUAGUUCUGUCUUACUUUAAUAUAAGGACAAAAUGUUCACAAUAUUUCACAUUAUUCUCUUGACUUUAUUCACUCCCUCCCCUUUGUGGCCCUAAUUCCACUACAAGAAAAGGAGAAGUUAGUAUAUGGGGUUAUUGUUUGGACUGAUGGAUAGUUCAAGUACUGUGUGGAAACAAAGGAAACUUUACGUUUGUAUAAGAAAGAGAGAACUAUGUAAAGGAAUUCAUCUCAUGAAUGUUAAAUAAAAUCUGUUAUUAAAAUGAUUUUAACAUCACAUUAGUAGUGGACAAAGCCUUAAGUGUAACAUGGUGGCAUGGUUUUUGUCGUACGUGAAGUCAUUCUCUUUAUUUUGAGUGUAAAAUCAAUAGCAAAUGUUUCUUUUGGGUGUUUUUUUGUUUGUUUGUUUUUGUUGUUUUAUUGUCCCGCACAGCAGUAAAAUGCACUUUUUAUAAAAACACUGCAAAGGAAGACUGUACAAACGAGACACUCAUGAAUCAUUUGUCGCCAUAUUAAGUCGCUGACGAGGUGGAAGGAGACGCCCACUCUCCUGCCAUCAAGUCGUCGUCUCUCCGACCUGCCUGGUGUCCAUUUGACAAAGUGGACUGUUUAUAGUUUCUGGUAGCUGUGCUUCAGUGGACAUGUUCACCGUUAAUGAACGUCAAAUAAAUUGUCAAAUCUGUAAAUGUACAACAACAACAACAACAAAUGAAUAAAUGAAUUCAAGCACUGA